AAGUAUCAUGGAGGAUCAGUUGUAGAACUGUGGUCAUCCGAGAAAGCCGAGCUGCGGGUCUAAGCUGUGGAGUUUCUGAACAUUUGAUUGCCAUUUUUUUUACGUUCAGCUGGUAUUUUAUAAUUAUAUAAUAAUGGAAAUGAAGAAAAGGAUCAGUUUAGAAUUGAGAAAUAGAACACCGGCGGAGGUGGCAGAACUGGUAGUGGAUAACUGCCGCACCAGUGAUGGAGAGGUUGAGGGUCUGACAGAUGACUUCAAGGAGCUGGAAUUCCUCAGCAUGGUCAACGUUGGGCUCACUUCCCUGGCUAAGUUACCCUCGCUGCCAAAACUGCGCAAGUUGGAACUGAGUGACAACAACAUCUCAGGCCAUUUGGAGAUGCUCUCAGAGAAGUGCCCCAACCUGACAUAUCUGAACCUGAGUGGCAAUAAGAUUAAGGAACUGAGCAACGUGGAGGCCCUGCAAAAUUUGAAGAACUUAAAGAGCCUGGACCUGUUUAACUGUGAGAUCACCACACUGGAGGAGUACCGCGAGAGCAUCUUCGAGCUCCUCCCUCAGGUCACUUACCUGGAUGGCUUCGACCAGGAGGACAACGAGGCCCCUGACUCAGAGGCAGACGACGAUGACGAUGAUGAUGACGAGGGGGAGGACGGAGCCGGACCCAAAGGAGACUAUGAGGAUGAAGAUGAGGAUGAGGAUGAGGAGGGUUCGGAAGGAGGAGAGGUGGGGCUGUCUUACCUGAUGAAAGAAAGGAUCCAGGACGAAGAGGAUGACGAUGACUAUGCAGAGGAAGAGGAAGAAGAGCAAAAGGCAGGAGUUCAAGGGGAGAAGAGGAAGAGGGAUGCUGAGGACGAAGGAGAGGACGACGAAGAUGACGAUGACGACGAUGACAACUAGGCUUGUCUCUCCCCUGCGAACCUUUGGAUCCACAUCCAAGUGUAAUCUUGCAGAUUGUUUCUCCGUGUAUACUAUAGAUAUCACUGUAGAGGCUAGGAGUUUCUUUUUAUAUGUAUAUGAGAUACUAUACAAAAAGGAGAUUUUAUUGACUAUUCAUUUGUUAAUCAUUCCAAGUUAAAUUCCCACGUUGAAUCUCUUAAAUGUGCAGGGGGUCUGAAAUAAAUGGAAAGAAGGGGGUGGGUGGUGCUGGAUUUGUCUCAUAUUGCUUGCCAGUGAUCAGAUGCAACUAGAGGUGUGUUGUGUGCUCGUUUAAGAAGGACUGUCUUAACAAUAUCCAGCCGACCGCACAAGCAAAGGGCUGUCAUAACAAUGGCCGGCCAAUCACGCAGCAGAAGUGGCCCACGACGUCCAUCUUUGUCGUCCGUGUUCAUCAGACCUCCAGGGACGUCCCAGGAUCCGUGACAGGCUGAGAGUCCAGUCCCGCCAAGUCUUAUCUACCUCUCUGGGCCACACUGAGGAGAGGACGCCCCCUACUGGACAGCACUCUACACUUCCUCACCCUCAUUACUCAGGUGGCCAGGGAGACCGGGCCAGAAAAGAGGCACCAGGAACCUCUAUCGUCAUCACUGUCUGUCACAAGCAUUUUGUACCAGAUAGUUUCCACCCACUCCACGAAAGUCUCCCUUAGGAUAGCUUAGAAGAUGCUGUGGUAGGUCCCUCAUGGUAUAUGACUUUUAGAAAUGUUAUGGGUGGGGUAAGAAUUGUGGAAGGUGUGGGUAUCUAGCAGUUUCAGUACCAGUGUUAGCCCUGGGGAGUUGCCCUCCCAACUGAUGUGCAAACUGACCCUAAAACAUUUGUGAUGGCCAUUCUAGAGCUGUGGCUUUCCAGGAACUGGGCUGGUAAUCUCUAUUCUUAAUCAAACCAAGUGGUUUGCCCUUAACCUUGUUCUUUCAUAACAGAUGCAAACAUAUAUAUUUCUUUCAGGUUCACUACCUGUUUACAGUUUGUUCUACUAUAGCCUGACUAUUAAUGCUGUUGUUGCAGAAGUGACAGAAUGACACUGCCGUAAUGUUUUCAAUGUAAAAUGUUUUCAAUUUAACGUUAAGGUCAGACUGCUUUGUGUAGGAUUGAAUGACAUCCUGAUGUACCUUUUUACCUUUGUCUUAUUGUUGAUGCAGGUUAGUUUAUAAGUGUACUGGUAUUUUACAGAGCAGGAACGUUAACCUAUUAUUUGUAAGGCAAAAAUGUAAAUAGUUUCAGUUCCUGCUGUUUGGUGUUUCAUGUGUUUGUUUUUAAUUACUUUUUUGUCAUUUUCUUUUAACAUAAAGGUCAAAGGGCAACACUUUGACCCAACACACUAUGUCCGUGUUCGAGAAGAUCCAAAAAUUGCAAUGUUUCAUGAGUAAGUUGUGAGUGACUGAUAUACAAAUAAUAAUGAGUCAUUAUUUAUGAUCCAGUCAAGUUAUUUGUAGACCAGUGUGUCAGCAGUGACCUGCCGUAGUUUUCAUCUUCUUGAACAUGUCCAAUAUCGAUUAUUUUCAAUCCUUGGCAGUUUUGACAAGUUUUGUGUUUGGUGUUUUGUGUGCUGUAAACAUCUUAAAGAAGGAUUUUGAAUUAAAAAAUGUAAACAGAAAAGAGAAAAUGUUUUGAAAUAAAUUGAUAGUUUUGCUGAAAAUG